CUCCCCUUCAAGUCUCUUUCUAUUGCAGUACCAUGUAUAUUGUGACACCGGAUGAAGACAAGCUUACAAUGCAGUUGACGCGAAAGCCAAUCAGAUCACAAGCUGCCUUUCAUACCUCACGACGCACGUUGGCCGUUUUAUCGAUUCGUAUUUUGUCCAUCCAGACAGAAGCAAUUGAGUACGGGUAUGCAAUUGUAUGCCUGAAAUCCUCUUAGCCUCACGAGGGGAUCUCAGAAAGGGCUGUGCUGCUGCCGCUUACUAUAAUACGAGCACUUGAGUGUAACCACGGCUUGACCGACACAAGCCACAAAGCUACAAUCAAACAUAUAAAUUAAUCAAUCUAUCCUGCUCUACAACUUCAUCAUCACGCCUUCCACCGCAUUUUCAAUAUCCAAACCUCCACAAAGUCAAACAUUUCAAACCAUGUACUCCUCAGCUCUUCUUUUGCUCGCCUCUCCCCUUGCCCUCGCGGCCUCUCUUCCCCCGAGAGCCCUUUGCUUGAGCACUCUUCCUCUGUUCAUUAUUCCAAACCUCGAGUACCGGUCGGAGAUCACGUACUCCUCGCCAUCCCAUUUGGCUGGGUCUACGGCCAAUAUCAACUUCAAUAUAACCGGCCACACUACCUCUGCGUGCUCGGGUACCGCAACUGGCCAGACGAGCAGUGGAAGCUUCUUCGCUUUCCCCUUCCCCAUCGACUGCACCGAGGCCGCUGGGACUAGCGUCGAGACUACGUUCUCGUACGCUGGGCCUUCCAGAACGCUCCAGGUCAAUGAGACGUGGACUUGUGAGGGGGAUCAAUAUGUAGCUACAGCUACCCAGGCCCUGGACUUGUCGUGCAAGGCAAACUUUUGGCAGAACCCCGACUGGACCCAGGGUUCAAUCUACACCUCUGAGACCGUAACUUGCGCGCCAGCUAGGGUGACGAUGGAGCCCAAGAUCUUCAAGCUUGAAUGA